CGAACAGCUUUCGUAGCAAGAGGAUCGGUGGUAGCUCUCCUCGUCUCCUACUGUGCAUCGCGACAGUUAGUUUCCUGGUCGAGGGGUAAUACUAAUUCUCCGCCAAGAGUGCGCUUACCUGCCUCCGUAAUAGAGCUUUGCCUGUGAGAUUUAUACACGCACAAUAACUGCGAAAGUAUUUUGUUACAAGAGUUACGGUUCUUUCCUCGCAGCGCACGACAUCAUACGAAGAGUAAGCAUUGCUCGUUCGCUACUUUGACGGCGUUUCAUAUCGUUCACAUACGUGCUACAAGUUACAAAAGAGCUGUAAUCGGGUAGAUUUUGAGACAUGUACGUAUUGUUGGAAAGUUAGGGAAGUCAUUGAUUACGUCCUGGCGUUUGCAUCUACCGUCUGAUACAAGCAACCAGGUCUUUUGCGAAUACCGAUUGUUGGCUGCGAGUGUAGUGUUUGAUAUUGAGUCAAACCAUAUAUAGUUUAUGGCAGCUAUCGUGAUUAUGAAAUAUCAGCGAAUCACUCUGGCGGUGGGAAGGGAUCUUUUGAAUCCAGCUUUGAGAAACUACCCGUUAAAGCAGAAUAUUUGGAACAUCUUGUUGUUUGUCAUCCGAUUUGUGCAGUAGUGAUGGCGGCUAAAAAUGCUUUAGACAAAAGACGGUGCAACUCUUCAGAAGAUGAAACGCAGUACUCAUCUCGCGAUUACGGAGACAACAAUGAUGGGGAUAAUACUCUGCUGGCGGUGGAGACGCGUUCCGUCUCUUCCUCUUCUUCAGAGGGAUGUACUGGCUUUGUCAAUAAUGGUCUGGAAUCGGACGACGACAGUGAAACCGGGAACAUGGACGUCAGCCAAAUAGUGGAGACAGUUCUGAGACAGCAGGUUACGUCCGCUCUCCGCAUCAGCGAAUCUUCCGACGUGCACGUGGGGCCUAGUCUAACCUACAAUGGGCCUGUUACCAUCAACGUUACCGUACAACCGCAGUCUGAACAUCAGACAACGCCGCCACAGUCUGACCCCCAGCUAGAGUGUCAGCUGGAGCUUCGGAAUCAGACCCAACCUCAGCUUCAAACCGAACACCCGCCCGAGCAACAACCGAUCUCUCACGCUCAGAUCCAGUCUCAAACUCAGAUUCAACAUCCUCCACAGCAACAACCGGUGUCACAGCUUCAAACUCAGAACGAGAUUCGAGAACAUCCUCAGCAACAGCCACUGUCUCAGACUCUGGACGAACCUUCGCCACAUACGCAACAACACCAUCUGGAACAACCACAGACCAUGGUGCAGAGGAAUCUCCAGAAGUAUGGACAAGAUUUCAGGACAGUGAAGCCAUCUGGGUGUCAGCUGAUAGCGGCGGAGCUCGCUCGGAAGGGUCAGUUGACUGGGCUGAUCAGAGACGUGGGAGCCGACGUCGUGCAGCCCUGCUGCGAGCGCAACAUGGCCUUCAUCGUGCUACUCGUCAUGCUCGUCAUGGUCGGCGGAAUCUCCUUGUGCCUGGUGGUCGGGUACAGGCGCAACGCGUCACCAACAACACCCAGUGUCAAUACAACGGUAAAAGGUACAUCGCCGAACGAGCUAAAUACGGAGAACCCACAAAACAUUACGGUUGCUGUGGGCCAAGAGACAGGAUGUAAUAGUGGAGGACACAAAGAGGAUAAGCCCUGCAAGGGUAGAAACAAUAACAGCGAUUUGAAGCCAAAACACGAGCAGCCAACAACGCGUGAAUACAAACCUACAACUACAACGGAGAAACAAAUUUCGGAUAAACCUACAAUUGCAACAGAGAAAACAAAUUCUGGACAAACCUACAACUACACCAGUCAAACAAAAUUCGCACAAACGACUUCAGCCAAACCUACAACUACAACGGAGACUACAAAAUUCGUACAAACGACUUCAGCCAAACCUACAACUAUAACGGAGCCUACGAAAUUUGUACAAACGACUUCAGCCAAACCUACAACUACAACGGAGACUCAAAUUUCGGGACCCUGUCAACAUUUUUGGGAGCAAAUAAUAGACAUCUGGGGGAACACAUGUUACCACGAGUACACCAUAUGUGACUUCGGGAACCAUAACUAGGGGCUGGAUUAUAAUCCUGUGGGACGUGUAUACGAAGAUCCCAAUAGCAAUGUGAAGGUUUGAAUAAAAACGGAACAAACGAAAAAAUACUGAAUUCGUCAAGCGGUCUCUGUGAUAUUUUGCUAACAACAAGACACUACAUUAAUUGUAGCUGUCACCAAGUAAAUGCAUGUGGGAAUAAAUUACGCAGGUGAUGAUUACAGUGAGAGUGGAUAUCAUCUUUAUGAUGUGCUUGCCUAACAUCCUUCAAGAGGAGGCAAGUCUUAAUUGAAAUGUUCCUGGAGUCGUCAGUAUGCCUGUAAGGGUACUCCAACAGAUCAAGAAGCAUUUGUAAUUUCUGAAGAAAAUUCAGUCAUCCUUCACCACCAGGAAACAAACCAUCCCAGUCAGCAGCUUAACAAAUCCCCCAGCCGCAUUGCAAACGCCAAUUUUACCAAGAAAUAUAAUGUCAUUAAACAUAUGAAAGUAGUCACGGAAAUCUAUUCCAGGAGUUGACACUUAGUGCGUUCAACUUUUGUGGUACUGUACAAUUCUUUCUUGAUGUUUUCUUAUCAUUCUUUCCGAAGGACAUCACGACUUAAUAACUGUUACUUUUCUUCUGUUUUAUCGUUGAAGAUGUGUCGGCUGAACCUUAAAUAAUCAUAUAAUUACCUUAUAUGUUUUUUUUUAAAUUCAUGAAAGACAUUUAUUGAUCUUUGUUUAAUAAUGAAAUACAAUAAUUAAUUUUUAUGGUGUUUAACGGCCGUAUCAAAGAGAUAGGUGUUAAGCGUUACAGCUUUUUCCGAGGAUAUUACAAAUGCAUACCUGAGGUUUUCGUUCUUGUACUUUAGUAAGCUUUCUGUCACAGCUGCAUGAGUCACCAAUACAAUCCAAACAGCGAUAUAAACAUAAAAACUUAUGUUACAGGAAUCAAGCAAUUAAAUCUUUUGGUUUGUGUGAUGAAA